AUGGAAGAAGAGUUCAAUUACACCAAUCCUUUGAAUUUAGUUGUUGCUAUGCUAAUCAUUACGAUUGGUGUGUUAGGGAUCAUUUAUAAUGCCUCUAUUGUGUACAUUUACCUCAAGGAAAAUUCUGAAAAGACUGCUUUCAAUCUCAUUUGUUUCUGUCGCGCAAUUUCAAACGUUAUCAUUUUGACAAUAAUCUUUGUCAUCACAUUUUUCCCCAAAACUCUUUUAGGACAUUCUCCAUACCCACCAGUUGUCGAAUCCUGGAUCAUCAAUAUCGCCAACACCUUGUAUCUUGGAAAUGAGUAUCAAAUUGUGUUAGUUGCUCUUAACAGAUGCUGUGCUUUAUUUUUUCCUAUGAAAUACUCCAAAAUAUUCUCUAUCCUACAUACAACUAUCGUAUUAAUUGCUAUUUAUGUCUAUCGGAUCGGCAAGAAAAUUAUAGAAUGGAUACCUCAAUCUAAUAAAGGGUGUCAUGCUCUCUAUUCUAUAAAAAACCUCGCUUGGUCUUAUGAUGAUUCUGAACAGUGCGAUUUUGUGGAUGAUGCUCUCGACAUUAUUUUCUAUACUUUCAUAGCCAUGUCAAUUCUCAAUACAAUCACUUUUGUCAAAAUUCUCCAUUUUUAUAGGAAAAGAAAUGCUAAUCAGGACAAGGAAACCAAAAAGCGAAUGAGGAAGAACACCAUUCAUUUCUUACAAACGAUGCUCCAAGACUCCCUUUAUCUUAUCGAUCUUACUUUCACAUUCAGAUUGAGUUCUUGGAGUGAUCAUCGUGUAUGGAGAUAUGUCAGUGGAACUUUUAUUUGGGAGCUCUUGCAUUCUACUGAUGGGUUUGUAAUGGUAAUGUUCAACGAAAGGCUAUCCUUCAUCAAGAAGACAAUCCAAAACUCUUCAACCAUUCCCGUCAUUGCUGGACCAAAAAAUCUACGCCGAGGGACGAUUUCAGCUUCAACAAUACCGUCAACUAAAUAG